GAGAGGCAGUUGUGGAAUUUUCUGCUACGAGUGUCAAAACAACUUUCCUGGCCUCAUUAUGAUAUGUCUUGGGAUUUGGAGAUGGUAGAAAGCAGUGUGCUCCUCUGCCCCCGCCUAUUCCAUCAUGGAUUUCUCUCCUAGGGUAGAAUUAACAUGCAGAGGCGGUCAAACUUUGUCUGAGUACAUAACACACACUCUUUUUCUUUUUCUUCUUCCUGUAUAUCAGCUCACAUUCCUUGACAGUGGGGGGGAAGAAGACAACCCUGUCAUCGCCAGGACAGAAUUAACAUUCCUGGUUUUAAGGAGAGGUAUUCUCCUUUUGAAGAGGAAAGAGCCCUCCCAGCAGGACAACUUGUGAAAGUGACGGCCAGCCAGCCGGCUGGCCAGUUCCCCCCAAGGGAUCCUUCAUCAUUGAAGGCACUUUGGAAAUGACCCCCUGGGAUCCUCCUGGCGUAUUUCUGUGCUGCUGGGGUCUCCUCUUCCUGGUACUUGCUCCUCUCAGCUGCCAUCUAUGUCCCGUCCCCUGCGAAUGCUCCGAACCGGCUCGGACUGUCAAGUGCGUUCAGAAGGAGCUGACUUUGGUUCCAGUCGGGAUUCCCACAUACACCCGCAACCUCUUCAUAACUGGCAACCAGAUUGCCCGUGUCGGUAGCCGGGACCUCCGGGGAUUGUCCAAUCUUGUGACGCUCUCCUUGGCCAACAACAGGAUCAACACUGUGGAGUCGCAAGCAUUCUCUACUCUCCAGACCUUGCGUUACUUGGAUCUGAGUCAUAACCAGUUGACCACCAUCCAUCCUGAUGCUUUUAAUGUUAGAAACAACUCCAUCCAGGAAUUAAACCUUAGCCACUCACUUUACAACUCCUCUGCCAUUCUCCCUCUGGCAGCUGUCCUUGCUCAAGGUGGCUUCCAGAACCUCUCUAGGCUAGAGCUCACCAGCAAUCAGAUUGUCUACUUGCCUCUGGGCAUGUUAUCGGGCCUCACCAAGCUGGAGCAUUUAGACCUGAGGAACAACUCCCUGGUGGACAUUAAAAACUCCACCUUUGCUGGUCUUGACCUGAAGUACCUUGACUUGACCAUGAAUGCCUUCAAGACCCUGAGGAGUGAAGCAUUAACUAUUCUUGGUAGGCAACUCCGUCUCCACCUCUUCCUGAAGGGCAAUCCUUUUGUGUGUGAUUGUGACCUUGAAGACCUGGUCAGCUGGCUCAACCAAAGCCAGCAGGUAGGAGAUGUGGAAAAACUUGCCUGUGCCUUUCCUCGCGAUCUGAAGAACACCUCCCUGGUGGAGCUGGCAGGGCCAGAUCUGGAGUGCCACUUCAGCCAACAUGGAGAAAACGCACUUCAGACCUCCUACGUUGCCUUAGGUAUGGUCCUAGGAGUCAUUGGAAUCAUCUUCCUCCUUGUGCUCUACCUGAAUCGGAAGGGCAUCAAAACGUGGAUGAACGCUAUGAGAGAUGCCUGCCACAAUUUGAUGGAUGAAUACCACUAUCGCUAUGAAAUAGACUCAGACCACCACAUCACACAAGUCUCAGCACUGGAUAUAUGAUGUUGACUUUCUCUUUUGGAGUCUUUGAAGGUUUCUUUGUUGUUGUUUCUGUUGGGAC